GUCAAAUGAGCUAACUAGCAUAUAUUGUUGCUGUGCUUAUUAAUUUUCUCAGUUUUCUGUUCUCAGCCACAGUAAGCACUGGAAACAGUUGUUAGGAUGAAAUAUAUGUGUAGGGCUGUGAUGACAUCAUUCAUUCCUGCUGCUUCUUUUCUAGGAAAGAUCUGGCUUAUCUUCAUGAUUCUGUUGAGGAUGCUGGUGAUCAUUUUGGCAGGGUACCCCAUCUAUCAAGAUGAACAGGAAAGGUUUGUUUGUAAUACACUGCAGCCAGGCUGCUCCAAUGUUUGCUAUGACAUCUUCUCCCCAGUGUCCCAUUUUCGGUUCUGGCUGAUUCAGAGCUUGGCAGUUCUCUUGCCCUACGCUGUGUUCAGCGUCUAUGUGCUGCACAAAGGCUCCAUGCAUGCAGCCGGCCGACCCUGUUGGGCAGCUGGCAGUGUAGCUGGCCAUGACCCCUCUCACCCAGCCACUGGGGAGGGACGCGCUCUCAACAUCCCGGACUUCUCCUCCAGCUACAUCGUCCACCUCCUUCUUCGGACCCUGAUGGAGGCAGCUUUUGGUGCUUUGCAUUAUCUCCUCUUUGGCUUCUUGGUUCCAAAGAGGUUCUCUUGCUCCCACUCUCCUUGCACCAGCAUGGUGGAUUGCUAUGUAUCUCGGCCCACGGAAAAGUCCAUUAUGAUGCUUUUCAUCUGGGGGGCCAGUGCACUCUCCUUCCUGCUCACUGUCACGGACCUGCUCUGCAGUGUGCGGAGAAGGAUGGCAAGGUGGCGGGGUCCCAUGCAGGGGGCGAAGAGCUCCCCACUCAGAAAAGAGCACGAUGUCCCGAAGACGACUCCUACUCGAGCCGAGGAACGUGUGGCCUCUCCAUGCCCGGGGAGGAAGCCGAGUCAGAUCAGUGAGGGUGGCGGGUGGGAGGCAGAGGGGGUCUCUGCUAACCCUGGCCGGUGGAUGGGAGAGGAGGGCACCAGGACUUACUUGAACAGCCCUAGCGAGAAGUCUGGUGUGUCAGGGAGAAUGGAUUUUCCCGAUGAAGACGAGAGUGAGGCCGUGUCCUCAGCCAGUGACAAGUUGGCCCUGGCUGGCGCAGACAGGCCCCGCAGACAGGCUUCCCUGGCCCCAAGGAGUGAGGGCCACACUAAGUCAGAAGAGCCACCCUCAGCCCCUCGCGGCCGGCUGGCCAGGCCCCACUCAUUCAGUCAGCUGCAGCCCUCCCACACCCUGGCACACUCUGGCAGUGCCUCCCACUUGAGAGCCAAAAAGUCUGAGUGGGUAUGAGGUGAACCCCAAACAGCUCUGAGCCCGGAGUUGCACUUGACCCUGCUUUCCAGCAAGGGCACCUACCAUCCCUGUCCAAUGGACAUAACCAAGAUGCAUAGGACACAUACAAAAUCUUAUCCCCCCACUAAGUGCCAAGAGAAGAUUAAUAUCCAGAAAGGCCUGCUGGCAUGGAAACAAAUGGACUGUGUGGGAAACUCUGAUAUAGUCUCAAGACUGAUUUAAUUUAGAUAAGCUUUCUGUUGGAAAAAUGAUUUGCCCUUCAAUUGCCGACUGGAAGCUCAAAUGAUUAAUUGAAAAGUGUCAGGUUGCUGAUCAUCUUACGACUUAUAUGCUACACUCUGGUUCCAUCGUCUUCCUCUGUACCCAGGGUAUGUGCUUAUAAUAUAAAGCAUUUUCUUUUAAAUUAAUAGAAUGCAUGAAUGUUUUCUGGUGAAUUAUGAUGAGGUUUUCCGAUUUUGUUUUCCUUUUUGGAUGCAUGUCAUCAAUAGAGACACAUUAGUUAGUGUGUAAUUUCUCCA